AUGAUUUCAUCUUAAAAUUUUGAAAGUGACCCAUACACCCUUAUUACAACUAAAAGAUAAAUAUUUAGUUCUGAAAAUGAAUCAAAUUUAAAUAAAAUAAAUAAAAAACAUUAUCUUAUAGAUUAAGAUGACAAUUUUAGCUAAGAAAAGUAAUUAAAUACAAUAUAUGAACAAAGCAAAAAUAUCAACUUUAUAGAGUUAAUCUAAUCUAGAAGUUCUAUGAUUCCGACCGUUAAAGUUUUAUCUCCAAGAAAUGAAUAAAUUUUGUAAAAUGAAGAUGGGUUUUAUUUUUAAUCUAGUAUGCAUCUUAGUGAAGGGUAAAGUAUUUUUUUUAAUUGAGAGUUUGAAUAAAAUUUGGUAGAAUGGAGGAUUGAAAAUUAUAAAAUAUGUUGCUAGAUUCAUUUACUAAUUGAAGACUAAAGCAGAUAAACUAAAAAUAAAAUUAAUGAAUGAAGAGAUAUUUAUGAAAUUAGGGGAUAAAAGUGCUGAUUUUUAAAAUUUUAAGAGAGGAAAUUAAAAGUAAAAAUUAAAUGGUUUAUUAUGUCAAUUUUUUAAUAAAAUAAUUUUCUAAACUAUUUUUUUUUGGAAUUUAGUAAGCCAAGGUUUAAAUAAAAUAGCAAUCAUUUAUCCUGAAAGUACAUUUAAAAUAAUUUGGGAUACAGUAGUAGUUUGUUUCAUAGUUAUAAAUAUAUUUUUUAUUCCAAUGAGUCUAAGCUUUGAAUUGGAUAAAUCAAGUCAAAUAUCUACAUUGUUAUUUGAAACUAUUCCCAGUUAUAUUUUUAUUGUAGAAAUUCUUCUAAAUUUUAAUACUGCAUAUUAUAGUUAAGGAAUUAUUCAUACAAAUCGAAGUGAUAUAUUUUUUCAUUAUAUAUCUAACAAUUUUAUUUGGGAUUUACUAAUAGCAAUACCAUUUAUUUUAGCCUAAUUUAAUAUACCUUAUAUAUAAUUCAUUUUGUUAUUACGUAUAGCAAGAGUGAGAUCAAUGAUACAGAAUGUAGAAGAUCUUUUAAAUGCAAAAGAAGAGGUUUAAGCAGUCAUGGAAUUAGGAAAAUUAGUAUAUUUUUUGGUUUUAGUUGCUCAUAUGUGUAGUUGUGGUUGGCAUCUUUUGGGAAGAAUUGAAUAUGAAGUUUAUUAAGAUGAGAAUAGUUGGUUAAUUUUUUAUGGUCAUUAUAAUCAAUAAUGGUAUGAUAGAUAUAUUGUAUCUUUAUAUUGGAGUGUAAUAACAACUUUAACAGUGGGUUAUGGUGAUAUUGUUCCUUAAACUUCAAUUGAAAGACUUUAUGUAGUUAUAGUAGCUAUGGUAUUAUGUGGAGUUUUUGGUUAUAUCAUUUCAACUAUUGGAGAAAUAUUAAAAACUUUGGAAGAAAGAAAAGCUUUACUAAAAAAGUCUAUGAAAAAAGUCAAUUAAUAUAUAAAAUAAAAGAAAUUAAAUCUAUAAUUAUCCCUUAAGGUUAGAAAAUAUUUUGAAUUUAAACAUCAAAUAGAUGAAUAAUUAUAAGAAUAAGAUGAUGAUUCUGUUUUAAAUAAAUUAAGUGGUUCAUUAAAAUAGGAAGUAUUAAUUGAUAUAUAUAAACCAAUAUUAAUGAAAUCCAAAUUCUUAAAAGAGAAUAUUCCAGAAAAUCUAAUAAACAAUUUGUGUUAAAAAAUAAAAUAGGCGACUUUUGCACCAGGGUUUGAUUUAGUAAAUGUUUAUGAUCCAGCAACAAAAUUAAUAUUUAUUUUAGAUGGUUAAGUUAAUAGUUACUUUAUCUCUAAAGGACUUGAAGUUCUCUAGAAAAAUGAAAAAGAAUCUAAUUCUGUAAUGAUGUAAAAAUAAUAUUAAAGAGGAGAUAUAAUUGGAGAAUAAGAAUUUAUUAUUAAUUCAUCUUAUUAAUUUUAUUUCAAAGCUUAAACAGUCUUAUCAAUUGUUUACAUUGAAAGAAACGAUUUUUUGUAGAUUAUUUAAGAAAAUGAAGAAUGUCGAUAAAAAUUCUAUUAAUUAAAGGAUAAAUUAACAUAUUAAAAAACAUAUGGUAAAACUUGUGAUGUUUGUAAAUGGACUCAUAGAUAUAAAGAUUGUCCUUUUGUAUUUUAUUAAACUAAUAUUUAUAAAAUAGCAAGAAAUGCAAAUAUAGACUACAAUCAAACAAGAAUUAAAUUUGAUAGGGAAUUAAGGUCAAGAUCAAAAUUAUAAGAUUAUCAAAAUAUAUAAAAUAAAGGAAUUGAUUUUAUAUUAAAUUAAGGAUAUUUAAAUGAAGAGUAAAAAUACAUAUAUAAAUUUAGUUAAUUAAAUGAAUCAUAUCUUGUUAAAUUGGGAUUUGAAAUUUAAGGAGGAUUUUUAGAGAAAUCUAAUUAAUCUUAGGAUAGUUAAUCAUAAGAUUCACAUUAGCCAGAUAGUCACUCUAUUGCUCCAAGAAAAGGAUCUUCAUAGAUUGAAAAAGUUAGAACAAGCUUUAUGAAUUAGAAGUUUAAAACUGGAUUAGGUUAAUAAAAUGUAAAUCUACUCAAAAAUUAAAAUUAAGAUGAUGAUUCAAAUGCAGCUCUCUAAAAUCUUCAUAUUUAAUUAUAAAGAAAUACUGAAAAUGAAUUAUAAGUUGAUCUUAGAGAAUAGGCUCAUUCAAUUGCAAAUUCCAACCACUAUAAUCUUACUAAUAACACAAUAAAGUAACUUCAAAGUCCUUAUUCUUAAAGUAAUUUAAGAUCUUCAGUUGUAAAUCAAUUAGGUAAAACUGAAACUUCAAUGCUUUUAAAGGGUAAUACAAAUUAAUAAUAAAAUAUUCAUCAUUCUACAAAAUUAACAAAUAAUAAUUAUUAUGUAGAAAAUGAAAUUGAGAAGAAUUAAUAAUAAACUAAUAAUACUAUAUCUUUCAUUCCAGAAAUAGAUAUUGAUAAAAUGAAAAAUUAUGAUUUUUAUUUUCCAUAGUUUAAUGUAGUUAAUGUUUUAGAGAAUUUAAAAAAUUAUCGUUAACAUUAAUUUAAUGACAACAAAAAGAGAAAUAUAAAAGAAAAACUAAAAUCAAUCAGAUUAAAUAAAUCAAUGAAUAGGGUGCUAAAUUCAUCAUUCAGAAAUAUAGAUGAAAGUAUUUGA